GCUCCCCCCGCCGUCCCCCCCCCCAUAGCUGCGAGCAUUUCUGCCUCCGUAUCCAGCCCCAGGACUGAGGAUGGAUGGGGAGUUAUACUCGAGGCAGCUGUAUGUGCUGGGUCUGCCUGCCAUGCAGAGGAUCCAGGGAGCCAGUGUCUUGAUAUCUGGUCUGCGGGGCUUAGGAGCCGAGGUGGCCAAGAACCUGGUCCUUACGGGUGUGGGCAGCCUCACCCUGCAUGAUCCCCAUCCGGCUUGCUGGGCUGACCUGGCUGCUCAGUUUUUCCUCUCAGAGGAGAGCUUGGGAAGGAGCAGAGCUGAGGCCUCUCAAGCACCAUUGGCUCAGCUCAAUGAAGCUGUCCAGAUCUCCGUCCAUACAGGUGACAUCACUGAGGACCUGCUGCAGGCUUUCCAGGUGGUGGUGCUGACUGACUCCAAGCUGGAGGAGCAGCUGAAGGUGGGAACCUUCUGCCACAAGCAUGGAAUCUCCUUUCUGGUGGCUGAAACCCGGGGCCUUGUGGGGCGGGUGUUCUGUGACUUUGGUGAGGACUUCACUGUUGAGGACCCUACAGAGGUGGAACCCAUGACAGCUGCCAUCCAGAGCAUCUCCCAGGGAUUGCCUGGCAUUGUCACUCUGGGAGGAGACACCAAAAGACACUCCUUCUGUGAUGGAGACCUGGUGAUUUUCUCAGGCAUUGAAGGCAUGGUUGAACUCAACAGUUGUUCUCCCCAGCCUGUCCAUGUGCAGAAAGAUGGGUCUUUGGAGAUCGGAGACACGACAACCUUCUCCCGUUACUUGCGUGGUGGGGUUGUGACUGAAGUCAAGAGACCCAAGGCUGUGAGGCAUGAGGCCCUGGACAUAGCUCUGCUUCAGCCCCUUGUGGUGGCCCAGAGUACUCAGGAAGUACAACGUGCUCACUGCCUACAUCAGGCCUUCCAGGCUCUGCACAAGUUCCAGCAACUUCAUGGACAGCUACCCAGGCCCUGGGACCCUGUUGAUGCAGAGACUGUGGUGCGCCUGGCCCAGGACCUGGAGCCACUAAAAGGGACAAAAGAAUCGCUGGAUGAGGCUUUACUUCGGAAAAUUGCCCUGAGUAGUGCUGGUAGCUUAAGCCCCAUGGCAGCCAUUCUGGGAGGAGUGGCUGCCCAGGAAGUCCUGAAGGCAAUCUCGGCCAAGUUCAUGCCCCUGGACCAGUGGCUGUACUUUGAUGCCCUUGAAUGUCUUCCGGAAGAUGAAGAACUCCUUCCCAAUCCUGAGGACUGUCAUCCGAGAGACUGCCGAUACGAUGGGCAAAUUGCUGUGUUUGGGACUGGUUUUCAGGAGAAACUGAGCAACCAACAGUAUCUCUUGGUGGGUGCUGGUGCCAUUGGCUGUGAAAUGCUUAAAAGUUUUGCACUGGUGGGCCUGGGAGUCAAGGCUAAUGGAGGCGUGACUGUUGCUGACAUGGACCACAUAGAACGCUCCAACCUCAGCAGGCAGUUCCUCUUCAGGCCCCAGGACAUUGGGAAGCCCAAGGCAGAGGUGGCCGCAACAGCAGCUCAGCGUCUAAACCCAGACCUACAAGUGACCUCUUAUACCUACCCAGUGGAUCCCACCACAGAGCACAUCUUUGGUGACGACUUCUUCUCCAGGGUGGAUGGUGUUGCUGCUGCUUUGGACAGCUUCGAGGCCCGGCACUAUGUUGCUGCUCGAUGCACCCACUAUCUGAAACCACUGCUGGAGGCAGGCACGCAGGGGACCCGGGGCAGUGCUGCAGUGUGUGUGCCAUUUGUUACGGAAGUCUACAAAGGCCCCACCUCAGCUGCAGACUCCGAGGAUGCCUCCCACCCUCUGUGCACUCUGCGGUACUUCCCCAGCACAGUCGAGCACAUCCUUCAGUGGGCCCGAGAUGAAUUUGAGGGACUCUUUAACCGAUCUGCCGAGACCAUCAAUUGCUACCAAGAGACAUCCACUUCCCCGUCAGGCAUGGAUAGGAUGCAAACAACAAUCUUACUGCAGCCAGUGAUGGGUGUCCUAAAAAUGCGCCCACGGACCUGGCAAGACUGUGUGGUGUGGGCUCUAGGUCACUGGCAACUGUGCUUUCACGAUGGCAUUGUCGAGCUGCUGAGACACUUCCCAGCCAAUAAAGUACUUGAGGAUGGAACUCUGUUCUGGUCAGGAUCCAAAAGGUGUCCACAGCCCUUACAGUUUGACCCCAACCAAGACAUGCAUUUCCUCUACGUGCUGGCAGCUGCCAACCUGUAUGCACAAAUGCAUGGGCUGCCUGGCUCACGAGACCUGGCUGCACUCAGGGAACUGCUGAGACUGCUGGAAGAGCCUGAUUCCGUGCACAGGAGCCUCAUCUCUGCUGGUGCUUUUACUGCUGCUGAGCUUGGCCCGGAGCAGCUGAAGGAACUGCAGGAACUUCUGGAAAACUGGAGCAAGGGCCCUCCGCUGAAGCCUGUGUUGUUUGAGAAGGAUGAUGACAGCAACUUCCAGAUGGACUUUGUGGUAGCAGCGACUAACCUGAGAGCUCAGAACUAUGGGAUCCUGCCAGUCAACCAUGCUCAGAUCAAGCAAAUCAUGGGUCGGAUCAUCCCAGCCAUUGCUACCAGUACAUCAGUUGUGGCAGGGUUAUUGGGCCUGGAGCUGUAUAAGGUAGUAAGUGGGCCACGGCCCCUUGGUGCCUUCCGUCAAAGCUAUCUGCACCUGGCUGAAAACUACUUCACACGAUCAGUGCCUUCUGCCCCAGCCCUCCAGUUGUUCCAUCACCUGAAGUGGACCUGUUGGGACCGCCUGAAGGUGCCUGCUGGGCGGCCUGAGAGGACACUGGAGUCACUGCUGGCCCAUCUCCAGGUAGAGCACGGACUGCGGGUGAAGAUGCUGCUGCACGGCCAGGCUGUGCUCUAUUCUGCACAAUGGCCACUCGAGAAGCAGGCUCAGCGCCUGUGCCUCAGGGUGACAGAACUGGUUCAGCAAGUGACUGGCCAAGAGCCUGAGCCUGGGCUGCGGGUACUGGUGUUGGAGCUGAGCUGCGAGGGUGAAGGGGACGAAACUGCCUUCCCUCCUCUGCAUUACGAACUGUGACAAGGUGGCCACCACUCGGUCAUACGGAACUCGACAUAAAAUCCCUGCAUCUUGAGCCUACAGCAGAUACUUCAACAAUAAAAACUUGUUGAAGAAA